CAUCUCUGAUGCCACGACAGUGGUUGUCACUCACUUACGUGCUCACCUAACCUGCGCUGUUGAUAGACGCUUCCUUGACAAAACACAUUCAAAAGUUAAAAAGCCUACCAAAAUAACAGCAGCUCAUCCGGAGGUCCUGGUUCGAGGAUGUGGACGACCGCUAUAGCACGAUGCACCCUGCCGAGCAUGCGCAAGCGAAGCUCUGUUUUGGCCUGCCAUGCCUUGAGGGCUGAGGGUAGGCCUAGAUGGGCAGUUGCCACAGCUGCCACCUCUCCAUCUCCUUCUCUUCACCUGAUCUGGAGGCAGCUCCGUGGGUAUGGGACCCAGGCACCCACCCCGCUCCCCUCCACUGCUCUGGGGAACAGCCCUGGGGUGAGGCAGGUCCGUGCCCUGGAGCAGGAAAGGCAACUGGAGGUAGAGUGGGAGGACAGCAGGCAAAGCAUGUACCCGUACACCUGGCUGAGAGACAACUGUCAAUGCCCGCUGUGUACCCUGCAGUCAGCCCAGGCCCGCAGCCUGCUGCUCUCCCAACUGGACAUCCACACUGGGGUCGACCGGGUCCAAGUCACUGACAACAACAAGGUGUCCAUAGUGUGGCCGGACCAGCACACCAGCGAGUUUGACCCAGAAUGGCUGAGGAAACGGUGCUUCUCUCCUGCUGCCAGACAAGCUCUACAAGAGGAGCUCUUCCUCAACAAGCAUAUGUACUGGGACUCAGAGCUACAGAUCCCCACGGCCAACUUCGAAGAGGUCCUCCACGAUGACAAGGCCGCCCUGGCCUGGCUGCUGGCUCUACGCCGCGUGGGAAUCGUCUACCUGAAGGGGGCGCCGGUGGAGCAGGGUCAGGUGGCCCGCCUCAGCCAGAGGAUCGGAUAUCUAAGACUGACGUUCUAUGGGCACACAUGGCAGGUGCAGGACAAAUCCCAGGCUAACAACGUGGCCUACACAGCUGGCAAACUCAGUCUCCACACUGACUAUCCAGCACUGCACUAUCCACCUGGAGUGCAGUUCCUGCAUUGCCUGAGCCAGGCUGGUGAGGGUGGGGAGAGUGAAGCGGUGGACGGCUUCCACAUGGCAGAAAAACUGAGAAGAGAAGACCCAGAGGCUUUCAGGACCCUCACCUCCCUGCAGGUGGACUUCACCGACACAGGGUCCGACUACUGUGACUUCAUGGUGCAGUCCAAGAACCACAUCAUAGAUGUUGACAGUGAUGGGCGGGUGGUACGGAUCAACUACAACAAUGCCACCAGGGACUCUGUGCUGGACCUCCCCCUGCACCAGGUCCAGGCCUUCUACAGCUCCCUCAAGGCCUACAUCCAGCUGAUGACGCGACCAGAAAACAUGCUCACCUACAAGAUGGAGCCUGGCGACCUGGUCACCUUUGACAACUGGCGCCUGCUCCAUGGGCGGAAGAGCUAUCUGAGCCACCCAGACCAGGUGAGACACCUGGAGGGAGCCUACCUGGACUGGGACGAAGUCAUGUCUCGCCUGCGAAUACUCUGCAAGUCUGUCAACGGAGAGAGCUAGACCCACCAAGCACCCAGAGUGAAGCCUCCUCCAACUAUAUAGAACAGCAUUGAUCUACAGCAGGGCUCUCCAACCCUGUUCCGGGAGAGUUACUGUACUGUAGGUUUUCACUCCAACCCUAAUCUAGUGCACCUGAUUCUAAUAAUUAGUUGGGGUUGGAAUUAAAACCUUACAGGAGGGUAUCUCUCCAGGAACAGGUUUGGAGAGUCCUGAUCUACAGGAUUUCUGAGCGUGGAAAAGAGGCUAAUAUUCUAGUAGGCUACGGCUACCCCUCUGUGGGUCAAGAUGGCUGCCAGUCUUUUGAACAGAGUGACAAGUGGGCAAAGUGCAAGAAGAUGGGGAAAAAUUUGAGGGAAAAGGGUUUAGCACUUCCGUAAAUGAUAAACACUCCUCUUCAUAAGUGCUAACAGAUGCAUAGAAACUGUAUAUGUAGCAUACUUAUGAAAAAUCUGUAAUUUACUGUAUGAAGCAGGUAGACAAUAAUGCCUUUGCUCCUAGGGUCGCUUUGCUCUAAUCUAUUUUUCUAUUGGCCUGUGUUCUGCUGGUCAAAAUUUGGUAGCACUUUACUACAUCUACUUCUCAAUGUCUUAAGUUUGUGACAUGUUCUACCUCUCUGCUUCCUGUGCUUGGCCCUCCUAUGUUGAACAUAAUAAACGGCUCUCUAUCCA